AUGCCCAAGUCCCUCACAAAGGUCGUCUACAAGCCGGACACCCAGUCCACAGACCAGUUCAUCAUCAUCGUCAACCCCGCAGAGUACCAUCGCUGGAAAGCAGGAGAAACGACCAUUCCCCUGACAGACGUCGUCGACUCGUUCCAGGUCUUCUUCUCCAACCAGGGCUCCCAAGGUAUCCUCGGCCAGGCGUCCCGCCAGCAGCUCGAGCACGUCUUCGACACCAGCAAGGACCUCGACGUCGUCCAGCUGAUCCUCCAGAAGGGCAAGCCCGAGGCCGCGGACGCCAUCUCGUCCGGCGGCUCCGCGAUGAAUGUCGGCAUUGGCAGCUUCACCGUCGACACCCGCGGCAAGUCGCUCUCUGGCGUGCCCUAA